UGCCCGGUGUGAGUGAGACUCGCCGCCUGCAGGUUCCUUGCUCGGCUCAGGCCCGGCUUUGCUGAACCGAGGGCGCCUCCUCGCGGCCGCUCGCAGCCCGGCUUUCAGGGAGAGACGCCGCUUGGCCGCCCCGGCCCGGCUCAGGCGAAGCGGCCGGCCAUGAAAUCGGCUUUUGUCACCGUGGGCACGACCAGCUUCGAGGAGCUGAUCGCCGCGGUGACCGCCCCGGAGACUCUCCAGGUCUUGCGGAGCCUCGGCUACGGCAGACUCGUCCUGCAGGUUGGCAGAGCGGCGGCGGCCCCGGCCCCGUUCCGCACGGCGGCGUUUACACUGGACGUGUUCCGGUUCAAGGAGUCGCUGGCCGAGGACCUUGAGAACGCGGAUCUGGUGAUCAGCCACGCGGGUGCGGGCACUUGUUUGGAGACACUGGAAAAAGGAAAACCUCUCUUGGUGGUUGUAAAUGAAAAGCUGAUGAACAAUCAUCAGCUAGAAUUAGCCAGGCAACUAUACAGAGAUGGACACCUCUUCUACUGCACUUGUAGCACCCUUUUGGAGUCAUUGAAGUCAAUCGAUUUGUCAACACUGAAACCCUUUCCUCCUGGACAGCCAGAAAAAUUUGCUGCAUUCUUGGACAGAGUUAUUGGAUUUAUGCAGAAGGGCUGGAAGAAAUACUUCGGCCAGAAAUCCCUCAGCGAGGUCACCAUGGAUGAGUAUCUGGCCAGCCUGGGGCUGUACCGCAAGCUCACAGCCAAAGACGCCUCUUGUCUUUUUCGGGCCAUUUCCGAGCAGCUGUUUGCUUGUCAGAUUCAUCAUAUGGAAGUCAGGAAGGCUUGUGUUUGGUUUAUGAGGGAAAACCAACAUAACUUUGAGUCUUAUGUGGAAGGAUCAUUUGAAAAAUAUCUGGAACGGCUGGGAGAUCCAAAGGAAAGUGCCGGCCAGUUGGAGAUAAGCGCUCUAUCACUAAUCUAUAAUCGAGACUUUAUUCUGUACCGGUACCCUGGAAAGCCACCUACCUAUGCUACAAACAAUGGCUUUGAAGACAAGAUCUUGCUGUGUUGUUCCAGUAACGGCCAUUACGACUCUGUGUAUACAAAACAAUUUCAGGCAGAUGCUGCUGUUUGCCAGGCUGUCUUGUACGAGAUCCUGUACAAAGAUGUGUUUGGCAUGGAUGAGGAGGAAUUGAGAACUGCAGUUGAGAUGUUUCGAAGUGGGGCCAAAAAGAACAGAAACAGUGCCUCUGUUGGAAGUGAGGAUGCAAACUCUGAUUGCCUUCCCAAGGAAGGGUCCAACACUUCAUCAGAAAGGAGAGUGGAAGACUGGGACGGCAAUGAUACAGACAACCCACCUGAAGAUAAACUCAAACAAGGCACUGAUGAGGCAAAGCCUCCAGAAAAUCCGUCAAAGAUGCCUUUUCCCUAUAAAGUACUAAAAGCCCUGGACCCUGAGAUCUAUCGAAAUGUAGAGUUUGAUGUUUGGUUGGACAGCAGAAAAGAACUUCAAAAAACUGAUUACAUGGUGUUUGCUGGGAGACAGUACUAUUUAGGAGACAAAUGUCAGGUACGUCUAGAGCCUGGGGGUAAGUACUACAAUGCUCAUAUCCAGGAAGUUGGACAUGAUGGCAACAUGGUGACCGUGUUCAUUGAGGAGCUGGCAGAAAAGCAUAUUGUUCCAUUGGCAAACUUAAAACCAGUGACACAAGUGACACCUGUCCCUGCAUGGAAUGUGGUUCCCAAUCGAAAAGGAGGAAACUAUCAGAAAAUAACAGGCGGCUAUGUUUCAGAAAUAGAAAUGGAUAUGAAAUCACGGAAGAGACUGUUUAAGAAAGUCCGAGGGAAGGAAGUUUACAUGACAGUGGCUUAUAGUAGGGGUCAGCCAGUUCUUCCACCCCGUCUACAGCACAGUGUUCCUUCAGGUCGCUCUUCUCCAAUUAAUUGCUCUCAAAAUUGUGGGAAUAUGGCAUCCUAUGAUCACUACCGUCCUCAGAAUUCUCCUCAGAGGCAUGGCAGGGGAUAUGGAAUGCCCAGGGGAUCUGCCCGAUUUAUAAACAGGAACAACAUGGUUGGCCCUCAAAUAGCAUUCUACCCUGGUCCAGGGAAGAGAUGUUAUCAGAGCUAUGACAAUUUCUCCUAUAGGUCCCGUUCAUAUAGCCGUAGUCGUCGGCAAAUGCAGUGUGUCAAUAAGGAAUGUCAGUAUGGAUUUGUACCAGAGACAGGGGAGGAGCCUCAGGGUUUGGAGGAAACCAUAACUUUCUAUGAGAUUGAAGAAGGAGAUGAGGCUGCUUUUCCUGCUUUACCAAGUCAGGGUAGCCCUGCCCCAAUAGUCCCAGCCCCUGCAGGAUUCUGGGUAGCUAGAAGAGGCCCAAGCCCCAUUCCACCCAGCAAACAGACUUUGAACUCCUCAGAGGAGGAAGUCGAUGAACCAAGUGAUAAUGAUCCAGACUGUGAAACUCCAACAGUAUUUAGUUCAGCAGAGACUACAGCAAACUUGGUGAUGGUGAAUUCUGCAGUGAUCUCAACCUCCUCUUGUGUUAAUAAUGCUCCAGCGACAGUCUUUUCCUCCAGCACGGCAGCAGCCACUCAAGCCAAUGUUACCACGUCCAUUCCCCCACAGACUGCAGUGCAGCCCAUCUUGGUAUCCCCUUCUUAUGCUGGAAGGCCAGUGAUUCCGUCAGUGCCAUACCCAUAUCAUGCAGCUCCCCCUCCCGCUCCCCCUGUCAGCGAGGUGGGAGAUAGUGGCAGCAUUCCUCCACCUUACUCCUGUGAUCCCAGCGGCAGUGAUCUACCUCGAGAUACAAAGGUAUUGCAGUAUUAUUUUAAUUUGGGAUUGCAGUCUUACCAUCAGAGCUAUUGGCAUUCCAUGGUAUACAUGCAACAGGUACCACCGCCAUCACCUGUAGAAGCUUACUCAGCAUAUACUGAGCCUGCCCCCAUGGUGGAUCAGUCAGUACCUCAGCUGUACACUGAUGGAAGGAAUGAUGUCCGGCAAGUUCCCCUGGAGACAGCAAAUGGUACUUUCCAAAAUGUAGAGCCUCCACCUCCAUCCCAUGGAACAGUAUAUUAUCCAGUAGUGACAGAUCCCUAUGGACCGCCACCAUUACCUGGGUUUGACUCUUGCAUCUCUUUAGUACCUGCCUAUCACUAUGUUAGCCCUUGGCAUCCUGCAAAUCCAUCGUAUGGUAACUCUUCACGACUUCAUAAUACUGUAAAUCCUGGGCAGUUGCAUCAAGUCAGCUAUGUUACCUCACCUAAUCCUGUAUCACAUUAUGUACCUCAAAGUAUGUAAGGCCGAGUGAUGUAAACUCACUUCUUGCACUAAAGUUUUCUUGUUUUUCUCUGUUAGUAUUGUUUCAGUAGUGGAU